AUGGAGCAUCAGUUCAACAGAGAUCAAGGAGCCAAACCCCGCCACUUCGACAUGGAUGAUGCUGUUUGCGCCAAGGACCAUCGUCAUGCUGAUGCCACUAAAGAUAAACCGACGCCGGUGAACGGUCUCCGUUUGCUUUUGUUGCUUGGCUUUAUUGUUGCGUUCAUCCUGAAUUUAUUACAAGUUGGCUUUUUUAUGCUCUACAACCGACAUUCACCAGUAUGUCGCCACGUAUUCCUGUUCGGAAACGGCGAGCCCAAAGACAACGACGACGACGACUUGCAUCACAACGACGACGACGUUCUGCAUCAAGAAGUGCUAGAUCACGUGCUUCCAGAAGAUCUCGUCCUUCCAGAAGAUCUCGUCCUUCCAGAAGAUCACGCCGUAGAAGAACUCGUAGAACCUCUACGGCAGUUGAAAGGAGGCGAGUACUUCUAUCUAUUGCUCUUGUUCUUCAAUAUUCUGGUUAUUUUAGGACAGUGCCGCGUUCACCUUCGACCAGCUUGAGACAAAAAAUUUGCCAACGCCUCCCUACCCCGAACAGUCAAGAUAGUGUUUCGAAAUCUUCGGCAGCUCCCUGCACCAUUCACGGUAGACGGAAUUAAGCAAUCAGCCCGUUUGGCCCUUCUGCUGGAUGCAUUUGCUUAUUCUGCGAUUCUGUUCAAGGGUCUCAUAAUCCUACUUAGGGAAAAGCUUCAGCCGAAUGAGCUCAACUCCGGUAUUCUUCAGACUAACAACAGAUCGUUCCAUAUGGAGUAUUAUGUGGAGGAUGGCGUGUUUGUUGGAUCUGGCACGGAAACAACCAACAAAGCGUUAGUCCUAGCAGGCGCAGCAACGUCUUCAUUCUCAUCAGUGUUUCUCCACCCGACCAUAAGAGCCGUUCGUCAGAGCGAGUUGGGAGUAUUGCAUCCAAAGGUGCUCUACAGUCUAGUCGCAACCAACGGCAAAUAG